AUGCCCGCAGCCGCUGCUCCUCCUCUCGAUGGAGACGAGUAUGAGUUCGAUUCGCUCUUCGAUGACCAGCAGCUUCUCGAUCCGGAGCUGGAAGAGAGCCUUGCACAGGCCGAGGCCACCUACACCGCUUCUCAGGCCGUGCAACAGCCGACUCAAUAUGCAGCAGCUCCACAGUCUUCGAUAUCGGGCUCCUCUUUCCGCCUUCAUGCCGAGCCAUCGCAUUCUGCAAGACGGAUAGGCACCUUUGUUCAGCCGCCUGCAAAGAAGCAACGUAUCGAUCCUGGACCCUCCAACCUCGGCCGAGUGGCUGCUCCUCGCUAUCGAGAACCAGAGCCGGACCAAGUCAUCGUUCGCGAUUUGCGGGACGAUGACUUUGCCGACAAUGACGACGAGCAGUGGUGGGCCGGCAAUAAUGCGCUCGACCAAGUUGAGGAAGAGGCCAUCCGCAUGUCGCAGCAAAUGCCAUCAACAUCACAGCAACAUACUCCGACAACUCAUCACAAACCUAUUACAGCACGCUCAGUUCAAGAUCGUUCACGGCACCCUGCUUUCUCUACGAAGCCGGCAGAUUCAAAACAAGUCUCCAGCACAUCGGCGGUGAGGCAUGAUAGCGCUGAUGGCGAGGUGCUUGCGGAGCUCAAAGCUGAGGUCGAAAGGCUUCGAGCCGCACACAAGGCACAACAAGAGACGGUCGACAAGCUCAAGCAAGAGGCUUACCGCAAAUCUGGAGAGGUCGCCGUUGUGCGUCAAAACUUGACCAAGCUGAACCUUGAAAACUCCAAGCUUAGGGAGCGUGAGGUCGCGCGAGAGCUGGAACACCGCACAGCCCUCGAACGUCUGCAAAAGGACCAGGAGCGUCGACUCCAUCGCCUCGAGACCGAGACCGCCUUCCGCCGAGUCGAACAAGAUACAAGCCGUCGGAUAUGGCCCUCGAGCGUAGCGCGUCUCCCACCUGUUGGCCUUCGUGACGUGGACAGGAGGCAAGACAGUCAGGUCAGAGCCGGGCUCACCACGCCGACCAAGGCCAACCGAUUCGGCGUCCGCGGUGGCAGCGCUAGCGGCGGCUCUGGCAGUCGUCACAGGUAUGCGGAUACCGCCGCCGAUCGCGAAGAGCCUAGCACGCCCACCAGAUCGACCAACAAGGUUGGGCCGCACUUUCCACGGCCUCCGACUGCAACAACUUCUGCGUCCAAAACUAAGGCGUUCCGCGGCCUGCAAAACUCGUUUGCGGACUUUGGCCCGGUGCAGGAGAAGAUCCGGCAGCAGCGACAGUCGCCAACCAAAACAACCAAGGCAAACACCUUACCGCCAGCCGAUUGGGAAAUGGAUCAAUCGAGAGCGACGAAUGCAGAAGAGGUACCGACAGAACAGGACAACAUGCAUCUCGAGGACGAUCGACACGCUGAUCCGACAAGAACGACGUUAUCGGGAUCGCGCGGUACUGCUUCGGAUCAUUCAGAUCGGACAAAAGAGCACCACUAUCUUGCAGCUGUCUCUGAGAUCCUUUCUCGACGCACCACCAUCGUCUCGCUCUUGCUCAGUCAUUCUUCCAUCACAGCUGCUGCGCCAACUUCCUAUCCUUCGAACCGUUUCAAUCCGUCCGCCUCGCACCCUUCCGGUCUGACGUCCAAGACAGCGCAAGACACCGUGUCUAGUUCCAGCACCUUGGGCCGUCUCAUCUCAGCCAACCUUGUUUCAGACUGCCCGCCUCUCGUGCUCUUUCGCUACAGAGAGGCUGUCGAGUCGCUGCUCACCAGUCUCAGUCGCGCCAGGGUUCUGGAGCCCGAAGAAAGGGAGGACGCUCUCGCUUUAUUGUCCACCGACAGCAACGAGCAGAGCAUCGAAGAGCUUGACUUUUCUUCGGCCACCAUGCAUCUCUCUCAUGCCAUCGCCUCAUCGCUCCUGGUCAUGGCAGGAGUUCUGUUGCGACUGUGCCAAACGGAUCUCUUGACCGAUGUGUUGCGUUUGGCUACGUGCCUUGUCUCGACGUUGCCGAGAUUCUGGCUGGAUCUUGAGUGCCUCGAACAGAGUCCCGAAGCCAAAGGCAAAGAAUUGGCCUUUCUUGGCGUCGACGAAUCGACUUACAAUGCGCAGUGGUCGCGGUAUGCUACUCCGAUCCAUGUGCGAGAGAUUCUGGCUCAGUGCAUUGACGGAUGUCGAUUCGGCACAAACUCGAGCAGGCAUCGCACCACUUCCGAUCUCAAUGGCGACGGAGAACUUUGCCAGGGUCAAGUUGCCGCUGCUGUCGAUGCAAGAAGGACUGACGGAGCAGGGCUUGGCGACUGGUCAUUGUCGCCAGCAGCACGCGAGGAUCUUCUUCAUGCCGUGGUCCAGGUCCUGGAGGCCAUGUCGCAAUGUCCCGAUGCAAAUCCUUCGUCCACCUACCACCCGUUACGACUUCUGUCGCGACCAGGCGUGCUUCACAAGCUUUUGCAUCCCGACCGAUCCAGUUUGAUCAUUUUCAACGUCGUGCGCAUGCUCACAUCUGCAGUCUCCAACGCCCCCUUGAUUCACGAGUGCCUUGCCUCGAAAGCGGACGGACAGCCAAGUGGGCGGGGCACCAGCCAUUCGACGGCGCCGCGUGCCAAUGCUCGUUUUCCGGUGCUGGAGCUGCUGGUCAAGCAUCUGGUGGACAGGCGCUUUGACAUGGAAGAGAGCGAAUGGCACGUUCUGCAUCGCGGCAUCUUGACGUUUCUCACGCAGGCGGCGCUUCGAUCUGCCGACACACUCAUUGUGUUGGCUGAUAGUGCGGCGUUACUUGCUGCGCUCAUCAGGUGCCUUUCGCUCGACUCAGACUUUGUUUGGCUCGAAAGCCGUCCCACGUUCCUGCUGCCUCUACGUAUGCCGACGUUUCGAUCAGGUACCUCCAAGAUACCGGAAGCGGACCCGUCAGGUGGGGACUUACUCCAGGCGGCCGAACGCAUCGUCAUGGACACGCGACUGCUCAAUCUGCUUUACAAUUACCCGCUGCCCAACUCUGCGAACCAUAAUCGACGCUUCGAGCCUGCUAGCCCGGCGGUACAGGAGCGCAUGGGAUCCAUCUCGCUCGCUGUUAAACUCGACCAGCCAGAGACGUACAGCAUGCUCAACGGCAUUCGGCAGAGCUUCAUCGUCGCACUCACACGGAUUGCGUUCUGCUCUGAGCCGGACUGGAUCGCGUCUGAGCGCAAGCUGCUAGCCUCGCUCUUGCCGGACGUGCGCAAGCGUGCUGAGCUGGCUCGAGAGAAGGUUCAACGAGGCUACAAUGACGAUGGAGACACCGAGGUGUGGGCGGUGACAGAUGAAGAGACGGUUGCAGAACAGGUGGAGCAGAGCGUUGCUGAGCUGGAUAGAGUAUCGACGUUGCUAGAAGCGAUCGCAGAUGUGGCAGGCGAUUUGGCGGAUAUUGUACUGAGCCCGGAAGAGAUUGAUAGCGUGUACGAGCUGUUGGUCGAGGAAGAGGACGAGGACGAGGAUGCGAUGGACGUGGACCAGGAAGAACUGCACAAGCAGGACAUAAAUCUGUCCACGAGCAGUCCGGAAAAGGCGUCGGUGGACGAAGACGUGGGGAGCGAAACGGAAUCGGAGCCCGAGCUGGACAUGGAACAGGCGAGGGCGUCGUCGACAAAGGUGAUGCACAGAACUGCUUCGAGAAGCAGCAAGUCCGCUUCCCCUACCAAGCGCAACGGCGAUCUAGAGGAGGCUGAUAUGGAUGUGAUUGAGAUUGACGAUUCUGAUUGA